GUACACUGAGAGAGAGAACUUACGAACAAUUAACAAGUUCUGUGAAUUAUUAAUCAUUUAGUAUCGGCUCAGCAUCGGCUCAGUGUUGGCUGUCGGCGGAUAGACUUCAAUUGCAACAAGAUUGCGCGUCGAUUCCAAACACAAUUCACAGAUGUCUCUUCAACACUAUCUGAUACAACAGUUCACGAGCUGGAAGCCACCAGCGCCAGAAGUACUGAACAGAAGCAAGGGCGAUAUUACACUGUGCUGGGACAAGCUCGAACCAUUCCAAUUUCUGACUAAAUAUUUCCUCUACAGAGUGGAAAAGAAUAACAAGAUCCCGAAAUGGACUGUUGUGUACAGCGGCGGUAAAUCAACCAAAAUUAUAGAGAACUUGGCUCCAAGACAUUAUCAUAAGUUUAGAAUAAAAGUUAUAAUUAAAACAGAAACAGUACCAAGUUUGGCUGAGAAAGCACUCGAACAUUUUGUCAACGAACAGGCCAUUUAUGAGCAUUGCCAUAAACACAUUGAAAAUGGAGUCAACACUUACCAAGAGGGUUUUGAUAUGAGAAAUAAUAUUGAUUCCACUAAUGAGGAAGAUAUGAAGAACGGUAAAGUCGAAAUUGCUAAAGCAGGCUCUUCAAAUGCAAACGGUGAUAGAGUGAGAGAAGAAGAAAGGUGAGAAAGCUGAAUUUUAUGGAAAUAAAGCACUGUAUGAAUGAAUGGUACCGUAAG